AGGGUUUGGGUUUGGGAGAUCGUCCCGUCUGUUUCUGUUAUUCAAAAAAAAAAUUUUUUUUCUGAAAUUAUUUUCAAUGGCGGAUGAGAAGACGCCGAAGCAGAAGCUGAAGCUGUGUUCCUACUGGAGAAGCUCCUGCUCCUGGCGAGUUCGAAUUGCCCUUAAUUUGAAAGCUUCACCACUGCCUAGCUUUCCAUGUUCUCACAUUGGCAUGCUCUCCGUCAUUCCCUUUCCCCCUUUCGUUCGUAAAGAGAGGUCAGGGAAGAAGAAAAAAUGGGGAGCAAAGAAAUCGAUGAACAAAACGAGAAGAAAAAAAAUCAAACCUUUUGAUGGUACUGUAGAUCUUCUAAGGAAGCGAGUAUGGGAGAAGCGGGUAGAGGAGGAGAAGAGGUAGUAAUUAAUGAUAAAAUGAACU